CGUGAAUUAAGCAUAUCUGGUGUUUAUUCCUGCAAAUCCUCAAUGGGGACUUUACACAACCAAGGAGCAUUACGGGAGGGAUGCUGUUGCUGCUGUUGCUGCUGUGAGGGAGAGAGGUGAACGCAGUUGGAAAAGCAGUUUUUUUUCUCUCUCUCCUCCAAAGCUCCUCCUCUGCCGUCGGAGAGCGGAGACCGGUCACAUUUUGCUCAAUGAGAGCAAGAGGGCACCGGAGAGAGGAUUUCCUAAUUCCACCCUGCUGCUGUGCCGUGCGGCUGUUUUCUCGCCUCUGUCAAAGAGGCUAAUAUGAAGACAUCAUUUGGCAAACCAGACCCUGGAAAGCACCUACAAUCUUUAAAACACAUUUGAAACUGAAGACAGCGUCAUGCAUUGUCUCCCGUAAAACCUGCUCCCUGCUCUUCCUACCCAGCCAUUGACAGUGAGGACACCACGAGCUGCACAGCCAUGGGUUCAGAUCAACCCUGCAUGGAUGCACUAGAGAGAAGGCCCGUGUUGGGUGCUGCCUGUAAGCGGCAGGCCCACCGGUGUCUGCGGAAAAAGCUGAGGCCAGUGCGAAUCGUGGGAUUCAUCCUCAGCCUGGUGGCCGUAAGUGCUGUCUCCUUCAGUGCCUUGACCUGGAGCUCAGGGGGUUUCAGUGAGCCAGUGCUCCCCCAGGAAAGUCUCCACCAGUCGACCCCCCACAGGACUCUACUUUUCACCCAACACCAGAGGGACCCCAAUGUGUCAGCCGACAUGCCAACAGCCAUGAAAUCUACAGCAAAGUUCAACGAGAGCCAGGGGGAGUACCCGCCAGACCUUUUCACUCGUGCGGAGAGGCGCCGAGGAGCCGUGGUCCUCCACAUGUUUGGCAUGAUCUACAUGUUCAUUGCCUUAGCCAUAGUGUGUGACGAGUUCUUCGUCCCAGCGCUGACGGUCAUCACAGAGAAGCUGACCAUUUCGGAUGACGUAGCGGGUGCCACCUUCAUGGCAGCAGGCGGCUCGGCCCCGGAGCUCUUCACCUCCAUCAUCGGUGUCUUCAUCUCACACAGCAACGUGGGCAUCGGGACCAUCGUUGGCUCGGCCGUCUUCAACAUCCUCUUUGUGAUUGGGAUGUGUGCCAUCUUCUCCAAGGAGAUCCUCAACCUAACAUGGUGGCCUCUCUUCCGAGAUGUCUCCUUCUACAUCCUGGAUCUGAUCAUGCUCAUCAUCUUCUUCCUGGAUAACGUCAUCUCCAUGUGGGAAAGUAUCACGCUGCUCUCGGCCUACGCCGCCUACGUGAUCUUCAUGAAGUGCAACAGCACAGUCGAGAACUUCGUCAAGGGUUGCAUGAACAAGAACCAAGUGGUAGAAGUAGAAGUACAGCCCAAGGAAAGUCCUGGGGCGCCGGAAGAUGACGGCAAGCUGUCGGCCAGGCCCCGGCUUCAGAGGGGUGGUAGUUCCGCCUCCCUGCACAACAGCUUGAUGAGGAACAGCAUUUUCCAGCUGAUGAUUCACACGCUGGACCCUUUAAGUGAAGGUAAAUUUCGAGAGAAGGCAUCCAUCCUUCACAAGAUCGCUAAAAAGAAAUGCCAAGUGGAGGACAGUGAGAAGGCCAAUGGGGUAGCAAGCCGUUCAGAUAAGAACCUUCCGAACAGCUCCAGCGUGGAAGUGGAAGUGACACCACCCAUGAAUGGAACAGCAGGUCAAGAGGGGGAGACUGCUGAGGAGGAGGAGGAGGAGGACCAGCCUCUGAGCCUGUCCUGGCCUGAGUCCAACCGCAAGCGCCUCACCUACCUCUUAAUCAUACCUAUCGUCCUUCCCCUGUGGAUAACGCUGCCUGACGUCAGGAAGCCGACGGCAAAAAAGUUCUUCCCCAUCACCUUCCUGGGUGCCAUCACCUGGAUUGCAGGUUUCUCCUACCUAAUGGUGUGGUGGGCUCACCAGGUUGGAGAUACCAUUGGGAUUACAGAGGAGAUUAUGGGCCUGACUAUAUUAGCAGCUGGAACCUCCAUCCCUGACCUCAUCACCAGUGUUAUUGUGGCACGCAAGGGGCUUGGUGAUAUGGCUGUAUCCAGCUCCGUAGGCUCCAACAUCUUCGACAUUACUGUUGGACUGCCGUUCCCCUGGCUCAUGUGGUCCUUUAUCAACGAACUGAAACCGGUGCAAGUCAGCUCUAACGGCCUCUUCUGUGCCAUUGUGCUCCUCUUCAUCAUGCUCCUCUUCGUCAUCAUCUCCAUCGCCGCCUGCAAGUGGCGCAUGAGCAAGCUGCUCGGCUUCAUCAUGUUCAUGCUGUAUUUCGUCUUCCUGGUGGUCAGCGUCAUGCUGGAGGACAAGGUGAUUACCUGUCCGGUUUCCAUCUGAGGAUCUUGGAGGACCCAUUUACUCUCCCUCGUCACCACCACAACCACCACCAACACAACCAUACUUCUUGUCUGCCAUCGCUCUCACCCGACCCUUUGUGAUCCUUCGCCCCAGGAAUAAAAAAGAAGAAUAAGGAAGACUGGACAAGAGAAUAAAGCAGUUGGUGGCGAGGAGGGAUUAAACCCACAUGGGCAAAAGUCUAGGGCUUGGCUGGUUUAGCGUAGGCCUAACCUGAGUGGAUUUUUAUUUAUUAUUAUUUAAUUAGCAGGUGAGGGGAGGUUCUGUGUGUAUCAGCCAAAUAUAGAAGCAUUAUGCAUGCCAUUAGUGUCAAUAGACGAGCUCGAAUCCAGACCACGCCUGGUAGGUUGAGGAGGAUGACCUCCUGUGAACUUUGGGGGGAAAAACAAGAGAUGCGCUGUAUAAAACUCUCAAUAAUCCAUGCAGUGGCUGAGCUGAAAUUGUGAGCAUAUUUGAACACACACACUAGUUCAACAGACUAAGAUGCUGUCGCCAAGAGUGAAUAGGAGUUUGUGGAUGAGGAAUUGGCAGCCUGUGUGGGUGAAAAGUGUUUCCCGUCUGAUGGUAUUUAGCGAAAAGACUCUCCUGUGGGCUUUGCACCUGAGCAACAAGGGAUGAAACAGUCUCGCUGGGCAGACAAACUUCUUAUUUCUUAUUUUGCUAAUUCAUAAUGCUCAGUCUCAAUGGCGAGUUUAAGCUUCCCCUCUCCCCUGCCGGAUGUCAUUUUUCACCACUGAAUGUCUCUUCAGAGAAUUAUUCUUCUUUUUUAAAUUUUUGGAUUCAUUUUCAUGAAAUACAGUAUAUAGAAGUAGCAUUAGAUGUACUGUAGCAGUAUUAGGCAAUGUAGAGCCAUUUCGACAAUCUGCACCUCUUUUGUUCUUUUGCCACUGAACACACAUUCUUCUGAUUGUACAGAAUUUUCCAUGCUUCAUACGCACCGACUGACAAAGACGAGAAGAAAAAAAGCCUAAUUGAAGUUUAGCCUCUCAAAAUAUAUGCUAGCCUUCAAUAUCUUUCACUGGUUGAAAAAAAAAAGGCAUGAGUACCUUAGGCUCAUAAAAGUUCCGUAAUGAAGUCAAUGUCAAAAUAAUACAUUUGAAAAAAACUUAACAGUGUUUAAGCGUCAUAGUUGAUUUAGAUUAUUCAAUGUGUAGUGCUUUGUUCACAGUAGAACUGGGCUCAACUCACUGGCUAGUCAAGCUCCUGGGUAGUAGUUUCAAGGAGUCAACUGCAUGUUAAAGUAGACACUUGGAGGUGAAUAAUACCAAUCAACAUUUAAGAAGUCGUAUACCUAAAUGUAUACUUUUUCAAACAUGUUUCAUAACUUCUUCAUGCAAACCAGUGCUCAGUCUCUAUGUAGAAAGUGUCGACAUGUAUGGUCAAUGAUAUCUAUCAAACUUGUGCAAUUUCUUUUCUAAUCAAAGGUGCUUUUGUGUGCAUGUGUGCAAUCUGCAUUUAAAGUCAUCACACAAUGACCAUUCCUUAUAUUUAUCUAUGACUAGAGGUUAUACUACCAGUAUUUUGCAACUAAUUGCAAAAAGAAAUAUACACCAAACGGUGUUUUAUACUGGGAAUAGAAAUCAUAAUCACAAUCUCUCCUUAAGCUACAUAGAAUGUGGAAAUCACAAAUUUAACAGCAAUAUACCGUGUGUGUCGUUGAGAAUCGCAACCCCACCCCCAUGACCCUCCCCAUGCGUCUGUCCUUGCUGUCCCUCACUGUCCUUCCUGUCCGAUGUGGUCUCACACCCUACAACAAAAAAAGUGUGCAGCCAUUUCCUCCUAAAACUGACCCCUUCCUGUUAGAGCUGGCCAGUAACACCUGCUUUACCUCAACACAGCCUCUGUACAGCAGCGGAGUAACUGUAAAAUAAUAGUAAAUAGAUUCUCUGAAUGUGUGAGGAAAUGCAUGCAAGGAAUUUGGGCUGGUUACCCACUGACUGUACAGCUGAGCUUAGACCAACUAUAUAUGUUCACUUUUAUGCAUCCAUUCAAAAAGAAACACCAAGAACUUAUUGGUUUUACUCUGUAAAUAAUUUUUUUUUGCAAGAAACAAAUGGCUCACACAUGUAUUUUUUUUUAAUAGUGGAUGGGAAAGGAUAAUGAUAUGCUGGAGGCCCUUAAGUAUUAUAGUAUUAUUGAGCGAAAAGACAACUCAAGAGCAUUUAUUUUUAGACUACUCCACAUCUUAUUCGCAUGCUUUACACUGUAAACAUGCUUGUUCAGCAUCUGUUAAGAAAACGAGAGUUGUAAUUACCAUAUUGCUUCCUUGAAUUCAACAAUAGUGGGGUACUGUGUUUUCUGACACUUGGCAAAGAUUUCAAAUGCACAGGUAAAAGAAAACUUUCAUUCAUGCAAACCAAACUCAUAUGUUAAACUGUUAUUUGUCCUCUCGUAUAUCUCCUUGAACAUUUCCACAACACAGAUUCAUAGUCAAUUUAAGGCUUCUAUUGAUGACUCAUGUACUUUGUGAAAUUCUCCUGCACACAUUUCCCAUUAAACUCUUUCCUCAGAGCGCCCACACACUCUUCUUAACAUAACACUUCACCUCACCAUUCUUUAGAAGAAGAGUUAGACAUUUGGGGAAAUGCACUUUUUUGCUUUCUUGCCAAGUUAGAUGAGAAGAUGGAUGCCACUUUGAUGUCAGUGCAGUAAAUACAAAGAUAGAGCUAGCACUUUAGCUGAGCUUAGCUUAGUACAAAAGCUGGGAACUGGCUAGUCUGGCUCUUGUUGUGUUUUCAGAUUUUGAGAAAGGAGAGGCUUGGUCCAAUAAAUAUUUAACAAAAAGAUGUAAUAUAAAAAUGUCAUGACAAACAACUAAAAGUUUUACACUGCAGCGGGCUGACAUAGCGGUCUCUCCUAACGGAUCAACACCUUUUCAGUCCCCUUUUCCUACGCUGCUCACUAUAUUCUCCUGGUGAUGUGGGUGGUUAAUUUUCCCCACGUGGCUUAGGAUCAUUUUGCAUUAGUCCUUCAUUUGGUCCAUGCUCCUGAGCGCAUCCCAUUGGAUCUCUUCGGUGCCCCUAUAAGAAGGACAUAUUUUUAAAUUCAUAUGUGUUCAAGGUUACCCUCGGUCAUUGAUGAAGGUUAUAACGUGGAAAUGUAAAUUCUUUUCAAGCUACAGGAAUAAACAUUCUUUGGUCUUAUCUACUUGGCCUACCAGCAGGAUUGAGCUCCAAGAUAAAUAAACAAAGGGUUUCUUCCUGCCGUGUGACAAAAGAAGGGUCACCCCCUCUGAACUGUAGGAGAGCAGUCAGACAUGAUUUAAUUAACUUGAGGAGCUUAGGAAUCCGUAUGAAAGGGAAGGAUAUUGAUUGGGUCUAAAGUUAUUGAUACAAUUCUUCUGCCUAACCCAGCUGCAGCAUAUAUUGUGAAUACAUUAGAACAUUAAAGUACAUUGACAUCAAAGAUCAGCAUUGUUUUAACAUUUUUAAACUCUACUCUCUAUAGCCAAAGGUAGCAAAAUCCACCUACAAGCACCUCUAAAGCUAACUAACUAACACGUUAUAUCUAGUUUGUAUCCAUUCAAAAAACUAAAAAAGUGUAAAAACAACAAGGUGUGGUUUUACAUUGGUUUAUGUGCAGGCAAAGCUAGCUGUUUCCCCGUUUCCAGCCUUUGUGCUAAUCUAAGCUAACCGUUUGCUUGUGGUAGCAUCAUAUUUACCGUACAGCCAUGAGAGCAGUAUCAAUUUUCUUGUCUAACUCUCGGCAUAAAGGCUAAUACGUGUGUUUCCCAAAAUGUCUAAAUAUUGCUUCAACAGGUCAACAGAUAUUUUGCUACCACUAUACUUAGCCAACAUGAGCAUUCUGUACCUGCACACUUCCACUGCAAAAACCUACUGUCAAGACAACAAUUACUUUUUUCUUUCUCCAAAGUUCCUAUGGUGUUUUUAAGUGAAAGCACGAAUGGUGAAGGAAAAAACUAAAAGAAAAAAAAUCAAAAGGCUAAGCGGUUUAACAUGUGAGCUUGGCAUUGAUUGUGGUUCACCAGGAUAAGCGACCAUGAAAGUUGACCACCAAUGAACAUUCUUGCACUGUAAAUGUUUUAUUUUCUUGGUGUUAUUGUAAGAUUUAUUUAAGGUGUACAUAUAUACAGAUACAAAUUAACCAUAUAAUCUAUAUGUGUAAAAGAAAU